AUGGUCCGACAUAAGAAGGACAACUUCAAUCCCCGCAGUGGCCGCAGAUACAAUAACGCACCCCGUUCAAGGAUUCCGCCCCGCGACAACGGAAAUGAUGACGAGGGGCAAAGCUCAAGACCACCCUACAAGGCGGCAUGUUGGGAUCUGGGCCAUUGCGACCAGAAGCGCUGUUCAGGGAAGCGGCUAAUGCGACUCGGACUGAUGCGCGAGCUACAUGUUGGUCAAAAGCACGCUGGCGUAGUGAUAUCACCCAAGGGCAAGACAGUUGUAUCACGAGCAGACAAGGACCUUCUGGAGCAAUACGGCGCUGCCGUUGUUGAGGCCUCAUGGAACCGCAUCGAGGAGGUUCCAUUUGGUCGCAUCGGUGGUAAAUGCGAGCGUCUACUACCAUAUCUCAUCGCUGCCAACCCUACAAACUAUGGCCGCCCGUGGCGACUCAACUGUGUCGAAGCGCUAGCAGCGUGUUUCUAUAUAUGUGGACACGCAGACUGGGCAGAACAUGUCCUUUCGACCUUCUCAUAUGGAGAGGCGUUCUUGGACAUCAAUUCUCAACUACUUAAAAGAUACGCAGCAUGCGAGAAUGAGGAUGAAAUUAAGAAGACCGAGGAGGUAUGGCUCGAAAAGAUCGAGAGGGAGUAUUCAGAAAGCCGGGCUGACAAAGCUGCGAAUGCUGGAGGAGAUGAAUGGAGUGGUGGAAAUAUGAAUCGAAGGGCACCUUUGGAGUCAGAUGAUGAUGUCGAUGAUGAUGAUGACGUCGACGGCGAGGAAGUUGGUAACAAGAAGAGCAAGAACAACGAUAACGACGCAGAGGAAAGUGAUGGGGAGGAGGAUGACCAAACAGAUCCGUACGGGCUACCCCCUUCAGAUUCGGAGGACGAAGAAGAGAUGGCCGAGCUCCGGCGUCGGGUCCUGGCGGCCAAGCCUUUUACAAACCCGGGCGCGGACAGCGGACACAGGCCGGAGCGCAUAUUACAACCAAUACAUACUACUACCAAAAACUAUGAGGCCGGGACCGGGAAUGAGGACGAGGAUGAGGAUGAAGACGCAGGGUCCGGGGGAGACGAUGACGACGAAUUUGACAACAUAAUGAAGGCAACCCCAGUCACUGAUCGAGCCGGCAUCACCGCCAAGCAAAGGCUCAAAGCACAGAACCAAUCGAAAACCGCAACAUUCAUGCGUACUAUGGUCGAUACACCUGGAUUUAGAACUCGUACCUAA